GCCGUGUGUGACCUCCAGACCAGCUGGUGGCGCUGCGUGUGAACUGUGGUGCUAGUGCGUCUACAUGUGACAUUGGCAUCAGGAGACAGUAGGAAAGCAGCACCAUGAGGCUGACCGCCCUCCUGUCGAUGGCAGCCAGGGUAGUUGUACCUAAAGAUUACCGGUACGGCACCAACAGACCGUGGACUGUGGCUGCCAAGAGGCUGAAUCCCCCAGGGAAGAGGAGGAAGAAGGUGUUUGUGGAGCCGAUAGCACCGGAGGACUGGACUGUUUUCAGAGGAGACACGGUUGAAAUUCUUGCGGGGAAGGACAAAGGAAAGCAGGGAAAAGUCAUCCAAGUUUUCAGGAAACGAAACUGGGUUAUCCUGGAGGGACUCAACACACAUCACAGAUACAUUGGAAAAACAGGGGAUUACCGUGGGACCUACAUUGCCAGCGAGGCUCCCCUCCUACUCCGAGAAAUUGCCCUCAUUGACCCUUCAGACAGAAAGCCCACUGAGGUUGAGUGGAAGUUCACAGAGGAGGGCGACAAGGUCAGAGUGUCUCUGAGAACAGGUCGACUCAUCCCUAAACCUGUUGUAGAGCGACGAGACGGCAUCGUUCCAGAGCAGUGGAAAGAUGGUCCCAAAGACACCAGUCCUGAGGACACCCUAGAAAAGACAUAUGUACCAUCUUUGAAAACGCUGGAGGAGGAAGUCAUGGAAAAACUGGGGAUCCAGGAAAACAGGAGGCACCGGCGGUCGUACUGGUACUAAGGAAUCACAGACACUCAGGUUCACCUUUAUCCCACAGAGACUCUGAAGACACCAGUGAGUCUGGAUGAAUCACAUGUGAAAAAGAAACUUGAAGAUAACAUGAGUAAAGCGUUCGGACUCCAAAUGACUGGUGUGUCACAUGUUGUGGAAGCUAUUCAAGAGUAAUAUACUGUGCAUUGAAGCAUCUUGUAACAAACCUGCAUCUUAAAUCUUUCCUGAACAGAUGCAAUAUGCUUAUUUCUUUGUAAUAUUAUGAAUAAAUAUAACAUAAUUAUAAAUCA